GCUUUGACAUUUAAAUGGCAUCUCUUCCAGUUCCCUUUUAUAAUCCAACUUAAACAUAAUAACCAUAACUAUUCGGAUAACUCUCCACAUAUUAACCAAUACAUUCAACUGUGCCUAUCUAAUGUCAACCUAUUAAUACUCGUUUGACUUCUAAUGUCUUUUCACCUGUUUAACCUGUUGUUUAAUAGAUGAUUGCUCCUCAACCAAAAUUGGCUUAAUCAUAUGUAACAUAACCAGCUAUUGCUUAAACUAUUUAAUAAUCAGUUCAUGUAUUAAUUUUAAAUGAUAAAUAGCCAACAAUUAAAGGAGAAUCAAGAAUUGAGUACAUUCCUUAUUAAAAAACAAUAACUGAAUAUGAAGAAUAAGAAGUGGUUUAAUAUGUUCCAAGAGAAAGAAAAGUGAGUGAUUAUUAUGCUAUUUAAUAUUAAACUGAAUAUAUCCCUCAAGUAUUUUAAGAAAAAUCUAUAGGUAAUUUAAAAUAUGAAUCAUUUUAGAAUAUGUACCAGUUGAAAGAUAUUAAGAAAGAGUUGAAUAUCAUACAGUUGAAAGAUAAGUAGUUCAAUAAUAGGUUAUGUAAUAACCAAUUUAAAUUAUAUAAUAAUAACCAGUUUAAGUUGUACAAUAACAAGUUUCAGUUGUCUAACAACCUGUUUAAGUUUAGGCAUUUUAAAAUGUACCUGCAACAUAUGCCCCUUAAUAUCCUUCACCCAUGAUAUCUUAAUAAUUUUUAACAACUCCUUAAAAGAUACAAUAAUAUGUUCCACCAAAAGCAAAUUUGAAUAAUAUUAUAUGA